AUGGGGUGGUGGCUCCUCCCUGUUCUGGCCCUUGCUGCUUUCCGCCCCACCCAUGCUGAGGAAAGCACCUGCGAGUAAGUGGGGGGAGAGGCCAGACAUGGGGAGGAGGCAGGAGGGGGAAUCCCAACCACCAACUCCUUCUGGAUGUGGUCUUGAAGAGGAGGGAGGCCCAACUGACCCCAUGGCUGCUCUCACUCCCUUUCAUUGUGGUGGGUUAAAACUAGCAUGUAAAGACAGAGUCUGUUCUCAGAGGGCAUGUUCCUCCCUCUCUCAGAAUACUAGAAUCCCUCUGGGUCACACAAGGAAGCGGAAUGGGGGACCAGUCAGGGGGACAGACAAAAGGAAAUAUUUCUUUUCUAGAAAGAGGACAGAGGGAGGGUGGGAGAGAGAGGUAGAAAAUAGCUUACUAAUUUGGAUUUGCUGAACAGUCCAUUUUUGCCUCUGGCCCCACCCACCACUGAGAUGUGGCCCUCAGAAGACAAUGUGGCCCCUGGCCUGGAAAAAGUUCCCUCCUCCCUGGGAGUGAUGGGCAUUUGGGAGGCAUCCAGAGGUGCAGCUGGGCAUAUCCAGUUUCAUCUCUCUCUUCCCAAGAUGGCCAAGAGGAGGAGACUGACCAGUAUUUGGGGCAAACUGGGGAGAGGUGAUAUAUAUUCAAUGGCUCUGAUCUUCUGUAGAUGGCAAUCUGUGUCUUGCUUUCCAGUGGAGUCUGCGGAAGGCGUCCCCUGGCGGGCAGCCAUAACCUCCUCCGGGUUGUGGGCGGCAGCAACGUUCUCCCCGGAACGUGGCCCUGGACGGUCAGCUUCCAAAUACUUACUUAUACGGGAUACUUCAGUAUCUGUGGCGGCUCCCUGAUCAGCCCUCGAUGGGUCCUCAGUGCAGCCCACUGCUUUCAAGAACCAAAGUAAGCAAAGGGUUCCCAAGAAGUGUGGUCACGGGGUCUGCAAACCUGGCACCCAGGGCGGGGGCAUCUCAUGGGAGCAGAGUCCCACCUUCUUGACAACCAUAUGUCAGGAGUGCUCUGAUGGUGUUUCCUGCUUGGCAGGGGGUUGGACUCGAUGGCCCUUGUGGUCUCUUCCAACUCUAUGAUUCUAUUAUUCUGCCUUCAGAGGGGUGGCUGCUGUCAGCAUCGCAGGGUGUCAAAGAGCCAUCCUCCAGUGCUAUCCAAAGAAGUUGUUGACCUUUUUUUAGGAUUGAAGUUGUUGGGCUGUUUUAUGAUUUUACCCCAAAGUUAGUUGUUGAGCUCUUUUUUUUUAGAAUUCAGAAGCCCAGUAACAACCCUCAUCAAUGGCAGGACUGAUCUGAAAUAGAGAUCAAUUUGUUUGUUUGUUUGUUUGCUUGCUUGCUUGCUUGCUUGCUUAUUUAUUUCAUAAACUUAAUUGACUUCGGAGGGUGGUAGAUCCCCGGCAGUUUUUGAUUAUGGAUAGUAGAUCACAACCAACUUGAAGUUGGACAUGCCUGGUCCAGCAGUUCUCCUGCAAAACUUGAAAGAAGGACACUGGGACUAAGCUGGCACCCUACUCUUUGAUUCAUGUUUCUGAGACUCAUCCUAUAGGCUCUUUCGACUAUGAAGUGUUACUGAAGUUUUCAGUUCAUACGCAGGCCCACAAAUCUGCAAACUGGACAAGCCUUUUGGAGUUCUUUUGAGAAACUUUUGCUCCAGAAUUUGCCACUCCAGGGUUUAAUGAAAACAGCAGAGGUAGAUGAAAAGUCAAAUUUAUUACGUUAAAAAAAAGGAGAGCAAUUGGCAUAUUUACUAGAGGUUUUAAACAGAAUUAAUGAAUAGCAAUGUGUGUAAGAAUGCAUGCGUUGGGGUAAAGCGUCCCUUAAAAUCCAAUAUUUCAUGAAAAGAGUGUACAAAAAAAAAUUGUUUGGGGGCAAAUUGCUCUGCAAAUAUGUGUACAUUAAGUGCAAUUUACACUAAAACAAUGAUGAAUUUUUACGAGAACUUUUUUAAAAAAUGACGCGGAGAAGAUUAAAAACAUGAUAGGAACCAAAACCAACACCCCAAAUGUAAUUUCCAAAGAUUUCCCUCCACCCCAUGGAUCAAAGCAACUCUUCAUCGCUUCAUCACUUUACUUAAAACUUUGCCCCAGUUUGAUGAGGGACCACCAAUGAGUAAGUUGUUUGCGUUUGGUUUUCCAGAUCCACCUGGUGGCAUUAUGCGAGAAGGGAGAUGUGCAGCUCAGAACCAAAUUGGGGGAGGGGAAUGAGGCAAAGGGCGGUGAGGCCUGCCUGCUCCCCUCUCUCCUCAGACCCAGCUGUGCUCCCUGUACUCCAACAUCCAGUCAACUUUGGCUGACCUUCAUUUUGUUCAGGAGCACAGUCCCCACCCUGUGCGUAUUCUUUGUUCCAGGGAAAUACCAAAUAUCACUCUGUCGAUUGGUGCCAACCGCAUCUCCGACCCCGGUCCCGAUGCCCAGAGGCGCUCGAUCAAGAGGCUGCUGAACCACAAGCAAUACGAGCGCUUCUGGAACAAAACCUACAGCAAAAUACACAACGACAUUUCCUUGGUGGAGCUGAACGAGCCAGUCAACUGCACGGACUAUAUUCAGCCAGCCUGCUUGCCAGACGAAAGCGUGGCGGUUUCCAAGCUCGGGCACUGCUAUAUCAGCGGUUUUGGCAUCAUGGACGCGACAAGUGAGAUCUGCAGGGAAACCAGGCCCCCAGAAGGAGUGGCCUGGCUGUGUGCCUAAAGUAAAUUUGCAGACCACACCUUUCCUGCCCAUUAGUUUCGCCAAAGAAACGUAAUAGCAAUGGUAGUCAGGGUGGAAAUUACAGUGGCUGCAUUUGUGGUCCUGAAUCUUGAUUCCUGCAUUGCAGGGGGUUAGGCUGGAUGACCCUUAGAGUCCCUUCCCACUCUAGGAUUCUAAGUUGGUAGUUACGGUUGGGCUGUGUUUGUUUUGAGAGCCAUUCCAUUUCUUGGCUUCUGGGCAGAUCGCCUUCUCCAGACAUAGAUGCUUGCCCCCAGAACUCAGCUCAGUAAUGAUGGCUUUGCACGCAGAAGAUUGAGUUUCAAUCUCUGGAUAGGGCUGGUGGAAACUCCUGUCUACCUCUGCUGUCGCUCAGUGUAUGCAAUACUAGGACAGAUGGAGAGAUAGGGAGGGAGGGAUGUGGUUUCAGGAGGAAACAGAGAGUUUUGGGGUGCAUUAUAAAACUUCUGUAUUUGUGAAAAUAAUGUACAAAAAUGCAUUAUAUUAGAGGAAAUGGCUUUGCAGAAAGGUUUCUCUUAGGAGAAAUUCGUAUCCAAAUGCCUGGUGAGUUUUUUAAAAAAUUCAGAAAGCGAUGCAUGAACAGGGAGAUCCAAACUAAAAAUAGAAAAAUAAUGAGGAAAACAGCAGUUGACAGGUUAACCCAUCACAAGUGAACCCCAACAAAUUCCCUGGGAUUUACUCUGGAAACAAUAGAGGAACGAGUGAAACACUAAAAACUGCAUUUUCUUGAGACCCCAGGGGUUUGCCAUAUUGGUCCCAAUGUGUUUUGUUCUAAAGGGGGAGGAGGGAUGUGGUUUCAGGUGGAAACGGAGUCUUGGGGUCUCCAGGACCACCCAGAAACCUGGAGCUAACCCUACUCUGCAGCCUGACAUACCCUUGUCUCUGAUCUCACCCUCAGAGAUUAGGGGGGGUUAGGGGGGGUGAUAUUGCUGCACCUGCCUUCAUGUCUCUCUCCUUUAGUCCUGGGGGUGCAGGUGGGGUGGGGAGUGAAAUCUGAACUGAGCCUCCCCCUCCCCCCACUUUCCCUUUCUGCUCUCAGCGAAAAAAAUGCCCGACAUCAUGCAGGAGGGGGCUGUUGACAUCAUCCCCAGGGCGACUUGCAGCAGCCCGGACUGGUGGUACCACUAUAUUCUCGAGGAGAACAUCUGUGCUGAAAAUUUGGAAAAAGGCACUACUAUGUGCCAGGUGGGUGAAGCUAUGACAAAAUCAAGGCUAUGGGUUUGGUUUGGGGGUGAAACCUUCUCAUGCUCCUGGAACAGCAGAGCUCUUGCUCUGAACAUGCAAAACUUACCUGCAAUUCAGCUUCCAGCAUCUCAGGCAGUAGCCGUGAGAGAAGGGGAAGGCCACUCCAGGGACAAAUCUUUGGAGAGCUGCAACUGGCAAUGAGCAGAAAAUGCAGGGCGAGAUUUACCAGUGGAAAACUUGGCAUAAGGCAUUCGCAUAAACAUGAAUGCCCUCCUUGGAGUUCAGGGGUCUUCCUUAACAGACACAGGGCAGAUGAAGAUGAUCCCCUUUGCCCUCAGCAUCCCUCCAAGCUCUGCUCAAAAGGUCGCCACCCUUAGCAUCUGGACUCAGAAGGCGGCACAACCCAAGUAGGGGCCGUUGCCUCACUGGUGGAUAUGAGUCCUUUACUGCCCAAACCACCAAAAAGGUCAGCUCAAUUUUACGUUAGAUAUUUGCCAAAAGAGAAAAUCCCACAGUGUAAGGGUGUCACCAACAGUUGCCACAUUUCUGGAGAUGCUGCAAGAGACUGACAGUGGUGUUUUAGUGGUGAGCAUAGCUGCACUCCAAACAGCUGACCUCGGUUCGGUUUUCAGCAGACACAAAAAGCCCUACUUUGUCCUGGUUGGCUCGAGCGUGGUGCUGAGAAACCCAGGGUUGCUGGUUCGAUCCCCGUAUGGGACAACUGCAAAGAGUUGGACUAGGGGAUUCUCAGGGACCCUUCCAACUCCGCAAUUCUAUGACUUUCAAGAUGCAGAGCAGGGGCUCUGUUUCUGAGCUACAGCCUUCCCUUAGAUUAGAUGAGCUUCCUUGGAAGUUCACCUAGGCCAACCAUCGGCUCAAUGGAUGGUCCAGGGUGCAGGAUGCAACUCUGUGGUGCUUCCAGCCAGAGUUUGCAUAUGACAUCUUCACAAACCUUUCCUCUUACACAGCUCCACUUCUGACCCAUAGGGCUGUCAACACGCUCCUUCUCACAGGAGCCUUUUCUCUUCCGCUUGCAGGGCGACAGCGGUGGCCCCCUCAUGUGCCGGGAGCAGAGGUCCGAACGCUACUGGGUGAUUGGAAUCACCAGCUGGGGACCACCAUUCUGCGGCCAGAAAAAGAAGCCGGGGGUCUACGCCUCCACGCAGUUCUACAUCGACUGGAUCAGGAAGAUGACCAAGGAGGACUUUUCUCCACCCAAAAAACCACCGCUAAUGGCACAGCCCCGGCCUACGCCACGUCCACGCCCACCUCCAAGGCCACAGGCCCAACCAGGACAAAAUGGGAAUGUGCCAUAUCCCAGGCCCCCUAAAGCAGACUGGGUCACCAGGCCAUGGCCACCCCCCAAGACCACUUCCCAGACCCCUCCUGUGGUCUGGCCCACCACCAGACCUUGGCCACCCCCCAAGACCACCUCCCAGACCCAUCCUGUGGUCUGGACCACGACCAGACCUUCACCACCCCACAAGACCACUCCCCAGACCCCUCCUGUGGUCGGGCCCACGACCAGACCUUGGGGACCCCCCAAGACCACCCCCCAGACUCAUCCCACAUCCUGGUCCACUCCCAGGACCAACUCCCAUCCCACAUGGUGGACCAAAGGAGGGCGUCCCAGGCCCAUUAUAUGGUACAUGCCUCCUGGAACGAGGCCCACGGGACUUGGCGCCUCGACUCCCCCCCAGCGCCCAAUCUGGGGCCUAACACCUCCUCCGUGGUCCAUGAGGCCAAUAAGGUGGCAUAUGAGGACAAGUGCCAACAUUCAGCAUUGGCAUGGGCAGAUUUACAGGCCGUGGGUCUCAAUUCGCAGGCCCUGGGUCACAAUUCGCACACCCGCACAAGGGAUUGA